CUCGCCCUUUUCACUUUUGGUUCCGUCGUCCUCCUCAGUAUCUUCGCGUUUUUCACUGAAAUCUUUUCCACCAGUUCGUAAGAGCGGCGUCGUUGGAUAGCAGAACCGGUCUCGCCCCGGGAUUCCAUCGGAGCCAAGCAAUUGAAUUCCGUCUCAGUUGAAGGAGUCCUCAUAUUGCUGCCUUUCUGUUUGGCAUCCUUUUUCCUUAUUUGUAGUAUCGAGUUGUAGCUGUUAUGGUGAAACCUCAAGGUGCUUGAGCUACAUGUGUUUGCAAAGUGGUAGAUCAGAAAUUUGGGAUGAGCAGCCUUCAAAUCACUGCGCAGCAGCAAUGCGGCAAUCUAACAAGCCUUUCUCAUUUUCGUUCUGCUUCAACUUUUCGGGGUGCUGGCUCACGGCAGAUUUUCAGCCCUCCUAAGGCUGCGUCAACUUUCAGAGUUGGUGAAGCACUCCCUAACAUUUGCCUCAACUGGAGUCUUUAUCAUUCUGGAUGUCACAAACGAUCCCCUGUGUGCAAAUUCAGUGGUGAAGGGAGAUCCCAAAGUGGUGACCAGCAAGGUUCUCCAUUCAAAGUUUUCGAGAAAGGCCUUGGACUUUUUAAGAAGGAUUCAGUGGAGGAGGUAUUACGCAAGCAGAUAGAAAAACAAGAGUAUUUUGAUGAUGGAGGAAAUGGUGGAAGUGGUCUAGGUGGAGGUGGAGGUGGAGGUGGAGGUGGUGGCAGUGGCGGACCAGAGGAUGGAAAUGUUUGGGAUGAAGUAGUCCAAGUGGUAUUUGGAACAAUUGGCUUCAUAUUUCUGGUACUCUCUCUCUCUCUCUCUCUCUCUCUCCCUGGGCUGAAAAGAAAGGCAUCUAUCCAUUUCUUUAAGCGCACAUAAUGACAUCACUAUAUGCUGAAGCAACUUAGGAAUUUAAAGGUUGAAGUUGCAAGAUAUUCAAAUUUAAUUGCCCAUUUUCAGUCGGCAUGCUUAUGAUUAACCUUAUGGGAUACAAGUGAAUUUUAUGUUAAAGUUGUAUUACAUGAUUUAUAUUUAUAUCAAGGAAAAUAUGAAACAAGGACUGCAGCAGUUCACAUCUUUGAGAAUAGUGACACUAAUCCAAAGGUUCAAGUUUAAAAUGAAACACCGGUAGGUACUGAAAUCAUAUGAGGAAUUAAGAAUAUUAUCCUAACAGUCAAUCAGCAUCCUCUUGUUAUGGGAAUAUGAUGAGCGAUGACCACAAUUCAAUUUGGUUGAAUAGGACAUUCAGAUAUGUGAAUAGAUGAUUCUGAAUAAUUGACUUUUGAUCAGUUCUAUUUGGUCAUUGAUCUUUUGUUUGAUGCCUUUUUUUUCCCAGUAUAUGCUGAUUAUUGAAGGUGAGGAGAUUACUACCUUUACAAAAGACAUCAUCAAGUUCCUGUUCACUCGGCGGAUGAGUAUUCGUCUGAGACGAUUGAUAGAUGACUGGGUAAGGACUUUCCGGAGUAUGACGGAGAAAAAGGAGGAGGAUCCUUACUGGUUGGAAAAAGCAAUCAUUAAGACUCCGACUUGGUGGGAUAGUCCGGCUAAGUAUAAGCUAAUGUACAGGCGUUAUAUGGCUUCGAGAUCCGAUGAUUAUGAGUAGCUUGAUAACUAAAUUCUUGGAUUUCUUUGACCUCUUUCCUUUAUCUGGGUUCAAUUGUUUUCACUUCUUGUUGUUGUCGGAAUAUUUUUCGCUACACAGCAAUUUUGGUUGAUCUAGGAGUACAUAACGAAACCUUUGAUAUUAGAUUGCUGAAUCUUGGGAUAUUUAUAUGAUUGUUCAUCCUCUUCUUUGUGUGCGUGUGGUAACUUGUAGUAUCUUAGAGAUAAAUGUCGAAUCAAAGGUGAC